UAAAAGCAGUUACUGUUCGGCCCUUUAAACGUGUGCAAAAUAAUCGUGAAUUAAAAUCUAGGAAAUAGGUACAGGAUUAUCGUUUGUUUUGUACUUGAUUGAAAGCAUAAAAAGUUGUGGAAAGUCCAGUGAAAUGAGUGUGCUUUAGUUUUCGGUUAACGACGGAGAAACGCGGUUGCAAAGUAUACUACUCGUAAGUGAAACAAAACCCAUGGUUCAACUGCCGUCGAACGAUGGAGGAACCACACACGACACCGAAGAAGAAAUCCAGCAGCCUCGAGCACGACGCAAUCUUCAAAACGUUGGAAAAUUUCACCGCUCCGACCAGUCCGAAGCUUCCAACGAUCAAGGAUUUUUGCAUCUUAAAACCGGUCAGCCGGGGUGCCUUCGGGAAGGUCUUUCUGGGCUACAAAAAGAAUGACCAGAACAAGCUAUUUGCCAUCAAGGUGAUGCGAAAAUCGGAAAUGAUCAACAAGAAUAUGGUAUCGCAAGUUAUCACCGAGCGGAAUGCCCUUGCCCUCUCGCGGAGCCCGUUCUGCGUAACCCUGUACUAUUCGCUGCAAACAAUCUCCUCCAUCUACCUGGUCAUGGAGUACAUGGUGGGUGGCGAUCUGAAAUCCCUCCUGGCCAUGUACGGCUUCUUCGAGGAAACCGCUGCCCGGUUCUACGCGGCCGAGAUAUGCCUGGCUCUGCAGUAUCUCCACAAGCAUGGGAUCGUUCAUCGUGACAUCAAACCGGACAACAUGCUAAUCUCGGCUACGGGCCACGUCAAACUAACGGACUUCGGACUGAGCCGUAUCGAGAUGAGUCGAGAUUUGGAGAUAUCCGAUCUGAUCAAUUGUUCACCGAGUUUGAACGCUCGAACGCCGGGUCAGUUGCUCUCGCUCACAUCGCAUCUUUCGUUCGGAUCGCACGACAAGAACCAGAUGGAACAGGAACAGCAGCAUGUGGAGAAGGAACAGCUGCACCAACUUUCCGAAAACGAUUCGGAUGCAUCGUUCUCGCAUUCGAAGCAGAACGAUAGUAAAAUGUCCGGUGUGAGUCCGUUCUUUUCGGCCGAGCAGAAUGCUAGCUUGUUGGAAGAUUUGAAGGAAGUGCAGCAGGCGGUGGUGGACAGCCGGAGAGGGGAUCUAUCUUCAUCGUACUACACGUGCAAUUCUAGCAUCGAGGGCAAGAGUAGCAGCGGAAGUUAUGCUUCGCUGAACGGCAAUGACAAUCGAAUGGCCACGAACUGUGAUAGAAAAGAAGCGAUAUGCGAUAAGGAGAAUCAUUGUAACAUGAGAUCGGUAAUGACGGAGAAAUUUAAGGAUUCUUUCGAUUUUCUUUUGCUUCCGGGGCACAAGUGUAAGACUCACGUGAGCAACGAUUCGGGGGUUUCCAGUCGGAAAAGUGAUAUGUCAAACAUUCCAGCGGAGCUGUCGGCCAUCGAGAAGCCGGACAGUUCCAACCACAGCAAUAAGGACUAUUCGUGUUCGGAUUUUUCACGCAGCUACAGUAUGAGCAAUAUCAAUGAAUCUGGCAACUCGAGACAUCACUGCGAUUCACCGAUCCGGAACGGGAUGCGCUGUUUCAAAAGACCGGAAUAUUUUAGAGGCGUCAAGCGCAAACGGCACCUGGUAAGCCGGGUUGACUCGCUGACAUCGGAUCCGGACGGGAGCACCACCAGCACCGGUUUGACACAGGAAAUCGACGUCAUGGACAUUGGCAGCAGCACUCCGAAAAAACGGAAGGCAACCUCCCCCAUCAAGGGUGUCCUGAAGGUCCGUUCGCUAUCCGACGACGAAAUGCUGGUGAACGACCAUCUGGCCAACGUAAUGUUCUCCACACCGGUGUCCUCGCAGAAGAUCCGCCGCGAAGCUGGUCAGCUGGCGAAGUUGAAAAGCACCCGCUUUGCACUGCCUUCGUCCGUCGAGCAGCUGAGGAAAGCCGAAGCUUUCAACAAAAUUACAGACGAAUCCGUUAUGUCUCCCAUCUGUACGGGGAACACCUCCGUUCCAAAUAUGGGUAACACGCCGAAAACUAUCAAGACUCCAUUCAGAACACCGAAAUCCGUCCGGCGUGGUCCGAUCGAAUCGGACGAACGUAUCCUGGGCACUCCGGACUAUCUGGCGCCGGAAUUGCUGCUCCAGCAGGGUCACGGCCCGCAAGUCGACUGGUGGGCUUUGGGUGUUUGCCUGUACGAGUUCAUGACCGGUGUCCCACCGUUCAAUGACGAAACGCCUCAGAAAGUGUUCGAGAACAUACUGAGCCGCAAUAUCGAGUGGCCCCAAGAUGACGAGGCACUGUCGGCGGCGGCGAUGGAGGCCGUGGAACUGCUGCUGGAAAUGGAUCCCACCAAGAGGCCCCAAGCCGACCGGAUGAAGGCGGUGCCGUUUUUCGAACCGGUCGAGUGGAACAACAUGGAAUCGACACCGCCUCCGUUCAUACCGAAUCCGGACGAUCCACAGGAUACGGGUUACUUCGAGGCACGGAACAUCAUGCAGCACCUGAAGCUGUCCAACUUUGAUAUGGAUGCGUAUUGAGGAUCAAGGCGGCAGACACUGGGUUGUUUGUGUGUGUGUGUCGAGUGCGAGACAGAUUGUCCUGUAACAAUUGUAAGCUGUUAUCUCUUAUUUGUAGGAAUAGGUUUUUAUGUGAUAAAUAAACUCGGCAUUCAAGACUA